UGAGUGAGAAUAAAUUAAGCUCUCUACUCCCCACUCCCUACGCAGAGAGUAGGGGAAAAGUUUGAUGAUGGGGAAACUUAAUUUAGCAAAUCUGAUUAUCCUUCUUCUGAACCUGGGAGCUUUGCUUACUUCUCUUGCCUGUCCCGAAUGUCCACACCCAACUCCUCCGCCAAAAUGUCCUCCUCCAAAGUAUCCACCCAAACAUCCUCCCAUUGUGAGGCCUCCGUUUCACCCUAAACCACCGAAACAUCCUCCCCAUCCUCCAAAGCCGCCCAAGCCUCCUGUCGUAAAGCCUCCUUAUGUGCCCAAACCUCCAGUUGUAAAGCCUCCGCCUCAUAUACCGAAGCCUCCCUAUGUACCCAAACCUCCUGUUGUAAAGCCUCCGCCUCAUGCACCGAAGCCUCCCUAUGUACCCAAACCUCCUGUAGUAAAGCCUCCGCCUUACACCCCGAAGCCUCCCUAUGUACCCAAACCUCCAGUUGUAAAGCCUCCACCCUAUACACCAAAACCUCCAGUUGUAAAGCCUCCACCUUAUCCACCAAAACCUCCAGUUGUAAAACCACCCUACGUGCCGGUGCCCACGCCACCAUAUGUACCCAAGCCCCCACCUUAUGUACCGAAACCCCCCAUCGUGCCUGUACCUAAGCCACCUUAUGUACCCAAACCGCCCGUCGUCAAACCCCCACCUUAUUAUCCAAUACCGCCAGUCAUAUCACCGCCAAUUCUGCCUCCAAAGCCUCCUGUAUAUCCGAGUCCUCCGAUUGUGAAGCCACCAACACCACCAGUUCUGCCUCCAACGCCUCCUGUCUAUCCGAGUCCUCCGAUUGUGAAGCCACCAACACCGCCAAUCCUGCCUCCAAAGCCUCCUGUCUAUCCGAGUCCUCCGAUUGUGAAGCCACCGACACCGCCAAUCCUGCCUCCAACCCCUCCUAUAUAUCCAAGUCCUCCUAUUGUGAAGCCACCUCCCAUCGAGAAACCAUGUCCUCCACCACCCCCACCCUUGCCAUAUCCACCACCUCCGGCGCAGCAAACAUGCUCCAUUGACACUUUGAAACUGGGUGCAUGUGUGGACGUGUUAGGUGGCCUAGUGCACGUUGGCAUAGGCAGCAGCGCCAAGGACACAUGUUGCCCUGUGCUUCAAGGGCUGUUAGACUUGGAUGCUGCAAUUUGUCUUUGCACCACAAUCAAGGCCAAGCUUUUAAAUAUCAAUAUUAUAAUUCCAAUUGCCCUUCAGGUCCUCGUCGAUUGUGGGAAGACUCCACCUGCAGGAUUCCAAUGUCCAGCAUAAAGAUAAGGCACUUCUUAUAGGACAAAAAAGGUCAUGGAUCAGUUGGAAAAAGAGAAUAACUUUUGAAAGAUUGAAGUAGAAAGUACUUCAAGAGAAAUUUGUGCUUUUAAUUAGUUUUUCUGUUCUGCUUUCGGUUUGAGUGCUGAUCAUGUAAUGUUGGUAAACUUGUGAAUGGUUGUUCCAAGGUAGCUCGUGUUUGACUUGAAAGUUCCAUGUGGUUAUGAAACUAAAUUUCUCUCUA